AUGGAAGCAAGCAGACUGGCAAAUGUUGAGAUGAUGAGAUUACUAUUGGCUGAAGUAAGGGCAGAAUAUUACAGAAGGAAGAACAAGGACCAAACAGCUUCUAAUUCGGGUCCUAAAAGUAAUACUGGAAAUUCCAAGGGAAAAGGUUUGCAGGUGAAACAGUCUGAUGGUAAGUUCAAGAAAAUAGGGAAUUCAAAGCAGGGGAAUUUUAAAUCUGUUCCUCAAUGUGCUAUCUGUGGAAGAGCCCAUGCAGGGGUCUGCAGGAAAGAAAAAGGGCUUUGUUAUAAGUGUGGUCAACCCGGGCAUUUUAUUAAAGACUGCCUCUUUAGUGGGGGACAGGUUUCUGCAAUUCAGGCUACCCCGGCCCCUAUGAUGAUUGAGGAGCCAUCUCUACCUCUCCCACCUCCUACUGCCCGAGUGUAUGCAGUGACUCAGCUAGAGGCUGAGAAAUCCUCUACUUUGGUGCGAGGUAUGAUUUCUAUUAAAGAUGAACUGCUUAGUGUAUUAUUUGAUUCUGGUGCCACAUAUUCUUUUAUUGCUGAUUAUGUAGCCGACGCAUUUGGUCUGCCUUUGACAAUAAUGAAAACUCUUAUGCGUAUUGUUACGGCUGUGGGGAAUGUUUUUAAUGAAAAGUAUAUUUGUGAAGAUGUGAAAUUCAAGUAUGAAGGCAAGGAGUAUUCUGCCGAUUUUAUUGUUUUGCAUCUUGCAUCUGUAAAUCUGAUUUUGGGAAUGGACUGGUUGUCUAAAUACUGUGUGAAGAUUGACUGCUGCAGUAAAACCAUUUCUGUUUCGUCUCAUGAUGAAGAAGGGAAGUCUCCUUACUUAUCUGUACUUCGGGUUAUAAAAGCCUUAAAGGAAGGAGAUUCUGGGUUUAUUAUGUUAGGAGGUUCGGUUGGCACCAAUAAGGAGCCAAUUUCUGGUAUUCCAGUUGUUUCUGAAUUUGAGGAU